GUGAACUCCCUGCUGCGCCAGAGGUAUAUCGUUGGCCGCGAGUUGGCCAACAGCUCAGAACAACUUCGAACGGCAUCCGAGUCAGGUCCCCGGAACAGAAAACAGAAGAGAACCCGUGGUGUGCCAAAAAAGUGUGAACUCAACCGACAGUUCGCCUUUCCCGAGCUUCUAGAGUUAGUCGAAGUGAGAACGUGCGACCGAGCAGUUGAACAGUAGUGCGUCCUCGAGUAACUCCAGUGAAGAAAAGCCCGAAAAUGGUCUACGACAGCGACUUCUACACUACCCGCCGGGUCGGUUCGUCCUAUACCCGCCCAACGAUUUCGUCGUACACAGUGACGACUCCUCUGCGAUAUUCUGGAGUGCCAAGACUCGAUACAUUCACCACUACCACCACCACCUAUCGCACCCCAAUGCCAUACGUCGCCCAUAAGCGCAUUGUUCCAAUCACUGGAUACGCCACUUCACCGUCAAGGUAUUCGCCGGUGCGGAUGUACGGUUCACCCGUACGCGUGAUCAGAUCGCCGGUCCGUGUCUUCGGGUCACCGAUUCGGGUCAUCAGCUCACCGGUCCGAACCGUGGUCCGAGCCGUCCGAUCGCCAGUUCGCGUCAUCUCCUCACCGGCACGCGUGGUCACCAUCCGUUCGUCUUACUUGCGCCCGUCGAUCAUCAACAAAGAAUUCGAUCGUAUCGAACGUAAAUACCGUUCCAGUCCCGUAAGUAGCGCCCUCGAGCAGUAUUACAACUCGCCAUCCUACUUGGAAUUCGAGGACGAGAAACGUGAAAUCCGCAAUUCGAGUGCUCUGCUGCUGCGCCAGUUGAACGACCCAGUGCCACGCCUGAUGGGACCCUCGGCCCCUGCCGCAGCUGCCGAACCAAACCCGAAAAGAUGGGUCUACGAUCCGUUCAGCAGCCACAACAGACUCAACAGCGAGACGUACGUCAAGAAUACCAUCACCGACCCACUGCGUAGUGUUGCCAAGAACAUUGAAGCCAUUUCCAGAUACCACUCGCCUGCUUCCCGUUACGUCGAAUACGUCCUGUUGGAUGAUAUCCUCUGGCGCUAUACGUACUACGUUGAUGAAGAUGGCAAAAAUCACUUGGCCAGUACGCGCAUUAUAGGAUCCCAGGCGUACCCGAAGACUAAGCCGCGAAUCUAUAACUAUGACACUGCCCGGGUGGGCAGGGAUGUCAAUGUCAUGUCGCAUUACAAGUCGAACCGUACCCAGGCCAAGGAUGACGUCGACGAAGUGAGAUUAAAUCCAGCACGACCAACGCGCAAGUUCAACAAUCCCGCGCUGUACGACGAUCCCACCGAUUCGAAGCUCCAGGACAAACAGGACAAGAUCGAUCGGGUAACGGAGCUGAACAAGAUCCGCUACGAACCGGUCAAUCUGGAGAACGAACGUCGUAAGCAGCUGGAGGAAGCCAAGAAGAAGGAGGAGGAAUCGAUCGAGCGCGAGAGCAAGCGGCUGGAGGAGAAGGCUCGCCAGGCGGAGGAAGCCCGCAUUGCCGCCGAAGAAGCCGAGCGGAAGCGCAAGGAAGACGAACGCCUAGCGGAAGAAGCCCGGCUAGCCGAGGAAGCCAGGUUGGCCGAGGAAGCCAGGCUGGCCGAGGAAGCUGCAAAGCUUGCCGAGGAAGCCAAAAAGGCUGACGAGAAGAAGAAGAAGGCUUCCGAGAAGAAGAAGAAGCUAGAAGAGGAGGAACGAAAACGCAAGGAGGAGGAGGAAGAACUCAAGCGUAAGGAAGAAGAAGAGCGAAAACGAUUGGAAGAAGAAGAACGUAAGAGAAAGGCCGAAGAAGAAGCAAAACGAUUGGAGGAAGAGGAGCGCAAGCGCAAGGAGGAAGAGGAGAAGAAGCGAUUGGAGGAGGAAGAACGCAAGCGUAAGGAGGAAGAGGAAAAGAAGGCCGAAGAAGCCCGCCUCGCCGAGGAAGCUCGUCUGGCCGACGAAGCCCGUCAAGCUGAUGAGAAGAAGCAAAAGGAGGAGGAGGAAAAUCGCAUCAACGAGGCGCAGAAGAUUCGCGAGGAUGAGCUCACGAGGUUGGAUGCCCUGGAGAAGCAAGCCAUCGAGGAAGACAAUGUGGAAUUGCUCCGUGAAAUCACCGAACUGAAGGCCAUUGCCCAGUCCGAUGAGGAAUUGCUGAAGCGCCAGGCUGCCAAACUGGAAGAAGCUGCCCCUGUGGCUGAAAGUACAGAAGCUCCUGCUGCUGCGGAAGCACCAGUAGUUGCUGAAGAGGCUGCGCCUGCCGCUACUGAGGAGCCAGCUGCUGCUGCGGAACCAGCCGCCGAAGUUGCCGCCGAAGAGAGCAAGACUGAGGAAAGCCCAGCUGCUGAACAGUAAACUCUAAGGUGACAGACAUCGACGCAUAGGCUAAGAUACCUUAGAGUUAAUCAAUGUGUUCAAAGAAGCUGCAAAUGAAGCUUAAAACUCGUGCCUUUAAAGAGAGAAAAAAAUUAUCACAAAAAUAUAUUGAAAGACACUAACGACCACCGUGCUGCAAAUACUACUAGAUUGUCAGCCGGAAACUGAUUGGAACCGAACUCGACUACAAUUUAAGAAUUUAGAAUGUUUAACCUUCAACGCAACUACUUUAGAAACUCUACACAUUCGUGAAUAAUCGCGCAAGAAACGCUCAGUAGCUGUGCCUCCAGCCAAUCCCAACCGUACGAAUGCACUAGGGAUAUAGAUCUUGGAGUCUAUAUGUAUGACCCUUUCGCAACGAAAACGUACGGCAUCCAACAUAUGUGGAUGAUCAACGGACGCAGCCAACGGUAACCAAAUAAGCUCUUCAGCAAACGACUUCAUUUAGUGCAUUUCUCUGUCGCUUUUAACUCGAAUCCUUCGCCCCGGACCCUCGGAAAAUAAACUAGCUUUUACCAUCACUUCCUGUCAAGUGUUUUAAUCACAAACAUGGACACACAUACAUACUAUCAAGAAGCAUUACAGAUCUGUUAAGUUUGCAAACUGAAUAAAUAAAUUUUAUGUUCGAGA